AUGGACAAAGUUGAAGUGCUCUAUUUGUCUCUCAACAUCCACAAUAAGUUUCCAGAGCUUAAGGGAAUUGACCUUGAUUUUGUUCGCAUCCUGUUGAUGGCACAGGACCUCAAAAUUAAUAUUUGCAAAUGUGCCAUUGCCAGCUUCUUCAAGUGGGACAAGUUAGAUCAGGCUGUUGGCGGUGCUCAACAAGCAUUAGGAAUGAAACUGCAUCAACAGACAUGGAAGGCUAUUGCUAAGCACCAACCCACCCUGAUGACAGCUAUAAGCAAAUUCAAUUUGUACUGCAAACAAUUAGAUUCGCUCUAUGAUCCAUCUUGCACAAUUCCUUUACCUACUCCCCUCCCCACAAAGCUUACUGAACUCCGUGCCGGUCCUACACUCAUGGAGGACAUGUGGAUCACUCCAUCUAUUGGGGAGGUCCCAUGGUGGUUGGAUGAUAUGGACGUUAGAGAUUGCAUCUGCACUCUUCUUAAAUGUGAUCAAUGCAGGGAAGAACAGGUGCACCUUGGCACCGAAGCUGAUAAUCUGUGUCAUUUUUUUGGGGAAGAGCUUGCAGCACUCAAGUUUGCUCUUUGCAUCCCAGAAUGUGAGCCUUUUACAGCCACCCUGGAACAGUGCUGGUCUGACUUCCUUCAGCUUCAAUCAUGCUGGAGCAACUUGCUUGCAUCCUCAUUAUGGUUCGCUACCCAGGUUAAGGAAGCUGUAGACAUUGCGGCUACCCUCUCAGGAGGCUCUCAGAGCACUGCCCUUCAUUGGAUCCAUACCACAAGGCUCACCAUACCCAAUCUUGAUGGUGAAGAUGAGCUGGUGUCUGCUGACCUUAAUGAUCCACCACAGAUUGGCUUGGAACAAGCCACACUCACUGAUGUUCUUGAGCGACAGAUGGGCAUGUUAAUGGACAAUGACAGUGAGUCAACUGACAUAGGCUAUGACAUUAAAGCCACCAUCGUGUGGGAGCUUCCUAAGAUCCCAUCAUAUUCCCACGCUUUCCAGACCUAUUUCCGGACCCCAUAUCCAACUCAUUCCUGGAUCCCCUAUCCUGUCCACCCUAUGCACAUUCCAUCCAGCAAGACAUCUGGACUUUACCUCCUCUUGGAUUCCGGACUACAUCCACUACCUCACAUAUCUCAGUCCUGUUUCCGCCCUGCCUUCCAGAUCCCCAGAUCUCCGGACCAUUCCCACCCUCUGUCUGAGAUCCUGUGCCUAUCCCCAUUUAGGCAUCUCCACCUUUCUGGUUCUCAGUUAUCUCUGUUUCUGUCUUGCUGA